UACAUUUUUGUAUAAUUAAAAUUACACAGUUAUGAUUGUUUUACUACAAACUUUGAGACUGCAUAUUAUAUUUGACUCUCCAGUGCUGGAACAGGGCUCAAACAAAGUGUGGAUAUAGGUCUGACUAUGAGAGAGAGUAGUUUGAAGUAAUGACAUUUCUUUGCGUGAUACAUUGACUGCAUUUAUACGAUAGCCUAUGUCGGCGUUAGCUAGCUAGCCAGCUUUAUCAAUAGCUGUUAGCUAAAUUUGGCGUAUGAUGACAGUAGCUGUUUAUAAAAUAGACUGUACAUUAUAAAUAUGUUGACACAAUUCAGUAUUGAUGUGAUUCCAUCACAAUUGUCAUUUUGAUAUAUUGCAGCGCUAUUGUUUUAUAAUAAGAGAAUGUAUAUAUUAUCUGUAUAACCAAAUUAAGUUACUCUAAUGAAUGGGUCUUUUUGCAUUAUCUUGAACAUUGUCUAGCAUUCAUUUCAUGUGUUAUUGUAGUUUACCUUGCUGAAUAAUUACAGAUUAACAUUGACAUUAACCUGACUUUUAGUAUAAAGAGAAGAUCAUUGAAAUUAUUUGAAAGAUACGAAGCAAGGUAGCUUGCAAUUCAUCAGCGUUAGCAGGCAAGAUCAAGUUAGCUAAAAUUACACAGAUCAAUCCUUAUGGCACUAUAUUUCACAUGCUUUGCAGUUCUGUAAGCUUACCUGUCCAAUAAGAAGAACACUAAUUCAGGGUCGGUUUUGAUCCCUAAAACCGAACGAAGGUCCCUCCAGGAAUCAAAUACCCUGCCAAUGUUCACUCUAUUUUUCGCUCGACCACGAUCACGUUCCCGCUUAGCCAGACGGGAUUCAGUAGAUAAAUGUUUUUCUUUGUUUGUUUUUUUUUUUUUGGCUUACUCUGAGUUUGUGUAGGAGUCGGUGUUGUGCUGGGAGCCGGACGUUUGCUGGAUUCCAUCUCUAAGAUAACGUUACCUAGUGUUGCAGACAGUUGUCACUGUUGAAUAGCGGAAGAGAAGCACUGAGGCAAAGCUCUUGUGAGCACACAUAAAUGUCACAUCCUUUGGAUUUUCCCAGCAAAAGCGACCCACUCCCUUCGCAUUAAAAAUCAGUCUACAGGCUUUAAUAGGCAAUCUAGGAAGUCCGGGAAUGGCUCAUUUUUUAAGUUGCGUUACAAGCCGUUCACACAUUGGCAAAAAAAAGAUGUUCAUCAUGAGAGAGCAGGUGGAUGUGAUUCACACUGGAGAACAGCAGAUGCUGCAGACACCAGUGAAGAUUGAAGUGAAGCAGGAGGAGAUAAAAGAAGAAAACACAACAGAGGAACAACAGAGAGAUGAAGAUGAUGAUGAUGAACAGCAGACGCUGCAGACACCAGUGAAGAUUGAAGUGAAGCAGGAGGAGAUAAAAGAAGAAAACACAACAGAGGAACAACAGAGUGAUGAGGAUGAUGAUGAUUUUAUUCCUGCAGAGCUGUUGGAAGUGCGAGAGGAACGUGAAGAGCUGAAGCAAGUGGAGGAGAAACAGCAUGAUUUUAUAACUGAAGAAAAAUCUUUGAGUUGCUCAAAGACUGAAAAGAAUUUAUCUUCAAAAAAGCAUAAAAGAAGAACAGCCAAGAAAUCUUUCACCUGCUCUCAGUGUGGAAAGAGUUUCACAUGUAAAAGCGAACUUAAUAACCACAUGAGAGUUCACACUGGAGAGAAACCUUACACGUGCCAUCAGUGUGGGAAAAGUUUUGCAUAUGCAACUGAUCUCAAGAAUCAUCUUCGCUGUCACUCUGGAGAAAAGCCAUUUGAAUGUGAUAAGUGUGGUAAAACAUUUGUUCUAGCACAUUACCUAAAACAACAUUUGAAUACUCACACAAAUGAAAAGCCUUACAAGUGUUCUUUUUGUGGAAAGAGUUUUGCACGCGUGUCCUAUUUUAAGCAGCACCAGAAAAUACAUACCAGUGUGGGGCCUCAUUUGUGCUUUGAAUGUGGAAAGACCUUUAUUACAGCCAGCAUAUUGAAACUGCACCAAAGAAUUCAUACUGGAGAAAAACCAUACAAGUGCUCACACUGUAAAAAGAGUUUCACUCAUUCACAUUGCCUGAAAACACACGAGAGAAUUCAUACUGGAGAAAAACCUUACAAGUGCUCACACUGUGGAAAGAGUUUCACUAAGUCAGAAAACCUGAAAACACAUGAGAGAAUUCAUACUGGAGAGAAACCUUUCAAGUGCUCACACUGUGGAAAGAGUUUCACUCAGUCGGAACACUUGAAAACACACGAGAGAACUCAUACUGGAGAGAAACCAUACCACUGCUCUUCAUGUGAGAAAAGUUUCAUCUCAUCAAGUACUCUAUAUAGACAUCUAAAAAAAAAAAAGCCCAAGUAGUCACAGUUAGUGGUCGAUCGAUAUGGAUUUUUCAAUGGCCAAUGCUAAAAAGCUGGAGAGCAGGUUGGUUAAUGGCCAACAUAAAUGGCAGUAUAAAUUAUACAAUUUAACAACAGCAUGUACAAAACAUUUCUUAAUGUUAAUGUUUUCAUUUAAAUUUAAAAUUACAUACAAAUCAAACAAUAACAAAUGAUUGCGAUAAGGUUAUGAAUUAGGAAAUUACAUAGCACACACACAAACAAAAGAAAAAAAGGAAAUGGGCUGUCAUAUGCAUACAGACAAGAGAUUUCAGAAAAAAACUUAAAAGAUUGUUACAGGAAGGACUUUACACAGAAAUAACAUUCUUAAGGAAGUCCAGAAAGGGCUGCCGGUACACAAAAUUUCAUAAGUAAAACAAAAACAAUGGAAAGUUAACACUUCUGUUUAUUGGCCAAGCGAACACGGUUAUCGACAUAUGUCGAUAAUUGCAAAAUGGCAACACCCAUAAAACAAUACCAAGAAAAACAUCAAAUAGUUAGAUUUUUGUUUAUUACCAAGUCCCGGUAAAAGUGUAUACAGAACUGAAGUCAGCAUAAAAAUUGGCAAAUUUGACUUUCGCAGACAUUCAAAAAUAUUUUAUCCAUGAUUUAUCGCCAUACGCCGGUGAGUCUGAUGUGUGACCGAGUACACGCGCCUACUGCUACAUCACCAUAAACAUCUCUCAUUCAGAAGUUACACAUUUUUUCAUGUUGUUUUCUGAUCUGAUUUGGUCACAAUAUUACAAAAGGGCUGUGAUGAUUCCAUGACUGUAAGAGCUGCUUUUAACCGAGGCGAACACACCUACAUUAUGCAAGUAUACCUGGAGUUUAACUACUGUUGUGUUUUACUUAUGUUGUCAUGCAUUAAAAACUGUUUCUUUUGUAUAGUUAAUUUAUUCAUAAGUUUACUAUUAAUUUUAAAAUCUACAAUAUUUCUCAUAUCAACCAUGUAAAUAUUACUCAUAUGUUUAUGUUUUAGUCUGGAGGCGUGAAUAAAGCCAGUGCUUCAUAACUUUAUAAUGUGUUAUUUACUA